AUGAUUUUGGCAGCCAGAAAACAUUUGUAUGCCAUUAACAUUUUCUUCUUUUUCGUUAUAUUCAUAGUGCAAAAGUUGAUAAAAAUCUUCUGCAUCAUCGAGGAAAAGGCCUGCAAAAAUGCCAAUUGUCCGACGGACAAACGAUGUGAUGAACGUUGUGUUGCACCAACUGCAACUGAUGCUGUGGCAUCCGCAGCCUCAGUUGUUUCCUUGGCAGCAGGCCUAACAAUUUCCUCCGCAUCCACAAAAGUGAUGACUUCAUCAUCAGCACCACCAUCGCCCACAUCCCAUGAAGGAGGUCUGAGUCUCAUACCCAAGGCAAUGCGCAAGACUAUGCGUAAUUUUGGUUUCGGAGAGGGUCAUUUUCAAAUUUUCGUUGAGGAAAAACAACGCUAUCAGUAUAUGUCGAAACCCUCCCUAAAUGCAGCCUUUGCCGAGGUCAAACUUAAUCCCAAUUAG